AUGGGGACUACAGGUGAUGACAUGGCUUCAGCGGAGCAGAAUGCCUCCUUGAACCCUCUGUGCUUCGAGUGUGGCCAGCAGCACUGGACAAGGGAGAACCACCUCUACAACUACCAAAAUGAAGUGGAUGAUGACUUGGUCUGCCACAUUUGCCUUCAGCCCUUGUUGCAGCCAUUGGACACUCCCUGUGGACAUACUUUCUGCUACAAGUGCCUAAGGAACUUUCUGCAGGAGAAGGAUUUCUGCCCGCUGGAUCGAAAAAGACUUCAUUUUAAACUCUGCAAAAAAUCCAGCAUUCUUGUUCAUAAACUGUUAGACAAACUGUUUGUUUUGUGCCCCUUCUCUUCUGUGUGUCAGGAAGUUAUGCAGCGAUGUGACCUGGCAGCACAUCUCAAAAACAGGUGUCCUGGGGCUUCUCAUCGAAGGCUUGCUCUGGAGAGAAGGAAAACAAGCAAGCCACAAACAGAAGCGGAGGGUGAGAGUGGUCCUGGUGGGACAGAGCAGCCUAGCAGUUUGUCUUCAGAUGCAGAUCAGGGAAUAGUGCCAGCCGAGCAGAGCUUCACCUCGCCCGCCCUUCCUGCGUGGACAGACGAGCCCGGCACCGACAAUCCGCCUUUUGAGGAGAGCACAGUAGCAGACACAAAUCAACAGCCACCUACCUUGCCUGAAGGAGAGAUCACUACGAUUGAAAUUCAUCGGUCCAAUCCUUACAUCGAAUUAGGAAUUAGCAUAGUGGGUGGCAAUGAAACGCCUUUGAUCAACAUUGUCAUUCAAGAGGUUUAUCGAGAUGGGAUCAUUGCCAGAGAUGGAAGACUUCUUGCUGGAGACCAAAUACUUCAAGUGAACAGCUUUGACAUAAGCAACGUGUCUCACAACCACGCUCGAGCCGUGCUCUCCCAGCCUUGCUCGGUGCUGCACCUGACGGUGCUGAGAGAGCGGCGGUUCGGCAGCCGCACGCACAACCACGCUGACGCCGCCAGCUCCCCCCGGGAGGACAGCUUCCAGGUGACGCUGCACAAGCGCGACUCCAGCGAGCAGCUCGGCAUUAAGCUGGUGCGCAGGACAGAUGAGCCAGGGGUUUUCAUUCUCGACCUUUUGGAAGGGGGCUUGGCUGCUCAAGACGGCAGGCUCUGCAGCAACGACCGCGUGCUUGCAAUUAAUGGACACGACUUGAAGCAUGGGACGCCUGAGCUUGCUGCUCAGGUUAUACAGGCUAGUGGGGAGAGAGUGAAUUUGAUCAUCUCUAGACCUCUGAAGUCACAGACGGUCAGUAUUAUCCGAGACACAGGGACUCACAACAGCAACUCUCACCAGCACCAGUCCCAGCAACUGUUUCACAGCAGACCCAACUCACAUAAGGAUCUCUCCCAGUGUGUUACAUGCCAAGAAAAGCACAUUACUGUGAAAAAAGAGCCACAUGAAUCUCUGGGAAUGACAGUGGCAGGAGGCAGAGGCAGCAAAAGUGGCGAAUUGCCCAUCUUUGUGACGAGUGUGCAGCCUCACGGGUGUUUGGCAAGAGACGGCAGGAUUAAACGAGGUGAUGUGCUGCUGAACAUCAAUGGCAUCGAUUUGACUAACCUGAGUCACAGCGAGGCAGUGGCCAUGCUGAAAGCUAGUGCUGCCUCUUCAGUAGUUGCCCUGAAAGCCCUGGAAGUCCAGAUUGUAGAAGAGCAGCCCCAGGCUAAUGAAGAACAAUUGAGUACCAUCAGUGAAAAUGAAUAUGAUGCUAGCUGGUCACCAUCAUGGGUCAUGUGGUUGGGACUUCCAAGCUGCCUACAUAGCUGCCAUGACGUAGUACUGCGGCGGAGCAAUUUGGGCAGCUGGGGUUUCAGCAUCGUCGGUGGCUACGAGGAGAACCACACGAACCAGCCUUUCUUCAUUAAAACCAUUGUUCUUGGAACUCCUGCCUAUUUUGAUGGAAGAUUAAAGUGUGGUGAUAUGAUUGUUGCUGUAAAUGGACUGUCCACGGUUGGAAUGAGCCAUUCUGCGCUUGUUCCUAUGCUGAAGGAGCAGAGGAACAAAGUAACUUUAACUGUCAUUUGCUGGCCUGGAAGCCUCAUAUAA